AUGGAAUCACUCACCGAGGAGGAUUAUUCGUCUCCCGAGGUCGAAGGCACCGUCCGUGUCCACCCUGCAGUCGGCAUUCCACCUGCAUCACCUACUUCAGAGAAUGGGGACCUAGACCGCAAAGACGAAAAGGCCUCAUUCACCGAGAUAGACCAGGUCGUAUCUGUCACCUCCUUAUACAGCGACGACACAGACGACGCGCUGCAAGAUCUGGGCACCGACAAUCCGUUUCCUGCCGAUCCUAACGCACUGCCGGAAGAACAGCAAUUCACAUUCCGUGCCGUGUUCGUUGGCUGCGCGCUCGGGGCGGUUAUCUCUGCGAGCAAUGUGUACCUCGGUUUGAAGACCGGGUGGACAUUCGGGGCGUCCCUCUUCGGAUCCAUAUUCGGCUUUGCGAUCCUUAAACCUCUUUCCCGGAUGUUGCCGGAGAGUUUUGGAGGCGGUUACUUCGGUCCUAAAGAAAACGUCUGCUGUCAGAGUGCGGCAACGGUGAGCCCCUGGACUCGGUAA